ACUUCCCCUUCUGACUCCACGCCUGUCUGUCCUGGGGUGCAGCCCCAGAGGAGCCGGCUGACUGUGCUGAGCCCCGAGAGCUGCACCAGGGGCCAUGGGGGUCCCUUCAGUCCUGCCACUCCCUGCUGCAGCGAGUGGCCAGGCUGGCUGUCCCCCUCGCCGUCCCUGGGGGCACUUGCUACUACUGUGCACGGCUCUGCUAUUCCUGGCUCCUGCGGCCGGGACCCCUGGUCUCCCGAAGGCCGUGGUGAGCCUCCAGCCCCCGUGGCUCCAGGUGUUCCCUGAGGACAACGUGACUCUGACCUGCCAGGGGGCCCACAGCCCUGGGGACAACUCCACCCAGUGGUUCCAUGAUGGGACCGCCAUCCCCACCCAGGUCCAGCCCAGCUACAGCUUCAAGGCCAGCAGCAACCACAGCGGGGACUACAGGUGCCAGACGGGCCAGACCAGCCUCAGCGACCCUGUGCACCUGGACGUGACUUCCGCCUGGCUGCUGCUCCAGACGCCCCGCCUGCUGGUCCCGCAGGGGGCCCCCAUCGUGCUGCGCUGCCACAGCUGGAGGAACUGGCGCCUGUACAAGAUCCAGUUCUUCCAGGACGGGAGACCCAAGUGGUUUUCAUACACGAACGCCAGCUUCUCCAUCCCACACGCGAACGCCAGCCACAGCGGCGCGUACCACUGCUCAGGGCUUCUCGGGCAGAUGCAGCACACAUCGCAGCCCGUGAACAUCACCGUCCCAGUGUCCAGCAAAGCCUUCCCGCCUGUGAUCACGGCAGUGGUGGCCGGGGUGGCCGGCAUUGUUGCUGUGGCUGGUGUGGCUGGUGUGGUGGCCUGGGUCUGCUUCAGGCGACACCAGAGUUCAGGAACCCCUGAGAACAGGGAAAGGGGAGAGACCCUACCCGAGGAGCCAGCCAACAUCGCCGACGAUACUGACACAGCUGCCAAAGCGGAGGUGGAGAACACAAUCACCUACUCCCUCCUCCUGCACCCCGAAGCCCCUGAGGAAGACGCCGCGCCCUCGGACUACCAGAACAUGUAGCUGCGGGGCCAGAGCCAAGCAGGCCCAUCUGUCUUCUGGCCGCACCCCCUCGGGCAGGAUGCCUGCCGUUCCGAAGAGGGGCGCUCUUCCAGGGUCACCCGCGGGGAUCCUGGGCUCCCUGUCCUGACAGCACAGCUGUGGCCCCUGAUGACAGCCACACUGAGCCCUGAGCCCCAGCACUUCUCGCCAUCACACGUCCUCUGUCCCACGUCCACGCAGACAAUAAAACUUGCUUUUAUUAAGAGAU